UAACUACGUAUUUAUUUUUAGUGUUCAAAAUAAUUACCAUCUUGAAUUUUACAAUGAUUAAGAACUUAGUGUUUUGUUUAGCAGUAAUUACCUUUUCUCGUUUUGACUGCAAAUGUAUCAAAAAUGCACCUAACAUUGAAAAUCCGGGAACUAUCAUGGAUAAAGUUAUUAAACUGCAGAAUGAAACAAUAAACCUUCAAAAAAACAGUACUAUCUCAACUGCUCAGAAAAAUGAAACCAUUGUCAAAAAUAAUAAUUUAGAAGCUAAGCAUAAAUCAAAAAUUCGUCAAGUAUCAGCAGAUACUCCAAUAAUUGCUUCUACAUUGAUAGAUGAUAUGAAUGCAGAACAAUCAUAUUACCCUAGCCCUUUAAUGGUGUACCCAUUUCCUAUGAUGAAUACAUAUUAUCCUAGAUACUUCCCAUACAUUUACCCCGGAAACCAAGGUAAUCAUUUCUUUGGUUAAUAAUUAGAAUAACAUAACAAUAAACAAUAUGAAACAAUAGUCAAUAAUUGUUACAAAAUUAUUUAUCAACAAUUAA